AUGGUAAAUUAUUGUUGUGUUUUGGGCUGUACUAAUCGGUCGGACCGGGAAAAACAUCUGGAGUACUAUAGACUGCCAAAGAUUAUAGCAAAUCAAGGAGAAGAGUGCAAAAAACUAUCUGAGGAAAGAAGGCGUUUGUGGUUGGCCAAACUGAACCAGGAUUUCCAGGGCAAGAAUCUUGACAACAUUCGUGUUUGUUUGUACCAUUUCUUGUCAGGUAAAAGAUCUGACCUGUACAAGAAGGAUGAUCCAGAUUGGGUGCCAUGCAUUAAUAUGAGAGGAAAGCAAGAACCACAACCACCUAAGGACUCACUGACAUCACGCUACAUACGCCGUGUGAAUCGAACCCAGCAGAAACUCAAGGAUGCUGCUGCCCAUUCUUUGCUUCUCAUGGACAUACCAGAUGAUGAUGAUGAUUCUGCCACGUAA